AUGAGCAAGUGGAGCUUCUACCUGAUGGAACCCUUCUCGUUUGAAAGCCUUUGCUCCUGCAGUGGUGGUCAAGCAAUUGCAGUCAUCUAUUUCAGAGCUGGGUAUGCACCAACUGAUUAUCCCUCAGAAUCAGAAAUAAUAGCAAGCUCAGGCUCAUUUGUUGAAGAGGCUAAUGCUGCUGAUCUAAUACAGCGCAGACAGCGUUCUGAGUUUCAGUCAAGUGUGAAGGGGACCCUUUUUACAGCUAUAAAGGCAAACCCAGAUCUUGUUCCAUCCUUAUUGACUUUGGCGAUGAAUGAUGCUAUGACUUAUGAUAAGGCCACAAAAUCUGGUGGCCCAAAUGGAUCUGCACGUUUCAGCUCAGAGAUUAGCAGACCAGAGAAUAAGGGGCUCUCCGCCGCAAUGAAUUUAUUAGAGGAAGCAAAGAAGGAAAUAGAUUCAUAUUCCAAGGGUGGUCCUAUUUCAUUUGCUGAUCUCAUCCAAUUUGCAGGUUGCAUGUCAUACUUAUCACCAAGUUUGUCCUGUACACUACCUACAUGGCCAUUAACUUGCUCAGAUACUCUGGAAUCAGUCAUCGUAUUUAUGUGGAGUGUACUCUAUAAAUCAUUUGUUUUUACCAAUAUGUUCAUCAUCAAAUUUAUGGUAGAUGAAUAGACUAUAGUGUGUGCACAAUUGCACAUGGAGUCUCUGUGUAUUUAUGUGGAGUCUCUGUGUAUACACAUUUCAUAUGUGGUAUCCAUUAUGCUUUACCUCGCUUAACUCAAAUUAUCAAAUUUGCUACGAACACAGAAACUGGUCAAAGAAUUUACAUGAUUUGUUAAUGAGAUCCACUUUUGAAAAACUAUAUUCGGCCAUAUAUAUUUU